GUCUGCCUUUUCUUUGGUCGUAGCAAGUGCUUACGCCUUCUCUAGCUCCCCCUCUUUGUAUGUAUUUUAAAAUAUGCCAUUGUUUUGGUUUGGGUACAUUUUAAAGCUGUGUUUUGGUUUCUUGCUCUCCCUCUUUGUAUACAUUUUAUAAUAUGCCAUUGUUUUGGUUUGGGUACAUUUUAAAGCUGUGUUUUGGUUUCUGAAAACUUGGUUCUUUCAUUUCUUUUCCUUUCUACCGAUUAGCGUUUGGCACCCCUUCUUCUCUCGUUCGCUCGAGCUCCUUUCAUGGUUGUAGAAUAGGUUUUGGUUUUGAAACCCCCUCUUCCCUUUUUAUUUGAGUUUUAUUUUUUAACUUGUUUUUGGUUGGUGUGAAACACCCAUUUUCUCUCUGUUUUUUUUUUUUAAAAAAUUGUUAACGGCUUUGACGUUUGGUUUUCCUCAACUAUUUUGUUUUCUUAAUGUUCUCUCUCUCAUGGCAUUAUUUGUGGAUUUAUUGGGUUUUUUUUUUGUCCUCCUGGGUUGGGUGCACUCGUUUUAGUUUAUUCCACUUGCUGGCCGUCAUACUUCCUCUGUUCCAUUUUUCUCUUCUGAUUAUCAGUUUUAUUUUCCUUUAGGUUUGGAACUUUGAGCCCAUAUGGUUAUUUUUGCCUAAUUUCAGGGUUUUUGGUUUAAAGGAUAAAUCUAGCUCUAUCUGUGUGUGUCUGUGUGUGUGUGUGUGUGUUUGGGUGAGUGAUAGAAAUUCAGUUUAAGAGGGGUGCUUAUUUUUGCAUGAUAAUGGUUAUAUUUGUUUGGAAUUCCUCCAGUUUAGCUUUCAUGUUGGUGCCCACUUCUUGCUAGUGGCGCCUUUACUUAAGGGUCAUGGGCCUUAUUCUUUCGCUUUUGGCGCGGCAACUGGAAUUAUAUUGUUCCCCAACUUUUACUGGCCAUACGAAUUCUUCUAAAACUAUAAGUGUGAAAUGCUUGGCUCUUCAAUUUGGAGACUAUUCACGAGGAUUCUCUUUGAAAUAGUUCAAGGAGUAUUUCUAAAGGCAUUUCUGUAUUGCAAGAAGCUUAAUUGAAAGUUAGAGCAUCAUUUCAUAAAUAAGGGGCUGAGUGUUGCUAGCAGGAAAUAAAUACGCCAUGACGCAUCUCAAGAAGGAAAAUGAAUUAGAGAAUCAGAUAUUCAAGUGGGGUACUAAGAGGGGAGUUGGGCGGAUGAACAAAGAGAUACAAUUUUAUGAGUCAUUUACAUAUGAUGGAGUUAAAUACUGUCUUCAUGAUUGUGUAUGUUUUUACUGUGAAGGUGACUCCGAGGCUAACAUUGGUAAACUUGUGCAAAUCUUUGAGACUGCAGCCCAUGAAAGGAUGGUGAGGGCAGUGUGGUUCUUUUGUCCCAAGGACAUACGCAAUUUCUUGGGAGAUUAUAAGCCAAACAAGAAUGAGUUAUUUUUGGCUUCUGGCAAGGGUAAAGGCCUUAGCAAUGUUAAUCGUGUGGAAUCAAUUGUUGGGAAAUGUAAUGUUGUUUGUGCAUCAAAUGACCAGAGAAAUCAUCAAGCAUCUGAACAACAGUUGGAAAUGGCUGACUACAUUUUUUGCUGUUCUUUUGAUGUUGGAACUUGCAGCAUAUCUGAGAGCUUUGCAGAUCAGAUCUGUGGAUUUAAAGUGGAGCUUUUUUUCAAUAAAAGAAGAAAUCAGAUUCUCGGCAAUCCUGGAACUCUCAAGCCAAAAGUAAAAGAAUUGACUGGAAAAUCACUAGUUUUGGAAAAAAUGAAUCGUCAUGCAGUAAAGGAUGGCAAGUUGGGACGCAGCAGCCCAGUGGUUAAAGAGUUCAAGACUCAUACAAAUGUGGAUGACAAGCAACACUUUUCAAACAAGCCCUACAAAUCGAAGUUCUCCGAGGAUCCCUGGCCUCCAAAUGCAUCAUGUACCCGGCCUUAUAAGAAGAGAAAGCUUCUGGGUGAAAAGGCAGGCCAAAUUUCUGAUGAAGUAGGUUUUUUGAUUUCGACAAGAUAGUGGUGUAAAAACCAUCAACAAAUCUGUGCAGGUUACUCGAAACCUGGAUCCUCGACAAGGGAAGGAAUUAGAAGAAAUUAGAAACCAGCUGAAGAAGAAAUGUAACAAGUGACAUUUGGAAGCAUCAAGUCCAUGAGUGAGACUUUGCUCGGUUGAUAAUCUGAUUUCGCUGUGGAUGCUAUUGCUUUUGCAUUAACUUUUCUUUUGUUUUUGUGAUUUCUGGCGGAUACAUUGGCAUACACCGGUGAUUUUGGGAAUUGUGGUGGACAGAUAGGCAUGCACCCGUACAUAAAAUGUGCAAAUAACAGAAGAUUUUCCUAUUAUUCUGCCCCCCCUUUUUUUCUGUUUGCCUGAUUAAAAGAACUCUAUAUAGCUUUUGCCCAAGUGUUUCCUAGAAUAUAUGAUUUUGGGCCAGCCCCUCUUCAAUGAUGAAGUGUCCGCCCUUGGGAUUUCGAUAUAUUUUAGCUUCACUGCAAGUAUUUAGAUAAAUCAGCUUUCUAUUUUGAAGGUUAAA